AUGCCUCCCCCGUCCUCCCAGGAAUGCCUCCCCCCGUCCUCCCAGGAAUGCUUCCCCCUUCCUCCCAGGAAUGCUUCCCCCUUCCUCCCAGGAAUGCCUCCCCCCCGUCCUCCCAGGAAUGCCUCCCCCGUCCUCCCAGGAAUGCUUCCCCCCUUCCUCCCAGGAAUGCUUCCCCCGUCCUCCCAGGAAUGCCUCCCCCGUCCUCCCAGGAAUGCUUCCCCCCUUCCUCCCAGGAAUGCUUCCCCCCUUCCUCCCAGGAAUGCCUCCCCGUCCUCCCAGGAAUGCCUCCCCCGUCUUCCCAGGAAUGCCUCCCCCGUCCUCCCAGGAAUGCCUCCCCCGUCCUCCCAGGAAUGCCUCCCCCGUCCUCCCAGGAAUGCCUCCCCCUUCCUCCCAGGAAUGCCUCCCCCCGUCCUCCCAGGAAUGCCUCCCCCCGUCCUCCCAGGAAUGCUUCCCCCUUCCUCCCAGGACUGCCUCCCCCGUCCUCCCAGGAAUAACCCCCCAUCCUCCAAGGAAUGCCUCCUCCCAGGAAUAACCCCCCGUCCUCCCAGGAAUAACUCUCCAAUAAGUGACCCCGCCUCCCACCUGUUCCGGAGCGGCCCCGCCUCCCACCUGUUCUGGAGUGGCCCCUCCUCCCACCUGUUCUGGAGUGGCCCCUCCUCCCACCUGUUCCGGGGCGGCUCCGCCACCCACCUGUUCCGGAGUGGCCCCGCCUCCCACAUGUUCUGGAGUGGCCCCGCCUUCCAACCUGUUCUGGAGUGGCCCCGCCUCCCACCUGUUCUGGAGUGGCCCCGCCUCCCACCUGUUCCGGAGCGGCCCCGCCUCCCACCUGUUCUGGAGUGGUCCCUCCUCCCACCUGUUCUGGAGUGGCCCCUCCUCCCACAUGUUCUGGAGUGGCCCCUCCUCCCACCUGUUCCGGGGCGGCUCCGCCACCCACCUGUUCCAGAGUGGCCCCGCCUCCCACCUGUUGUGGAGCGGCCCCGACCUCCCACAUGUUCUGGAGUGGCCCCGCCUUCCAACCUGUUCUGGAGUGGCCCCGCCUCCCACCUGUUCAGGAGCGGCCCCGCCUCCCACCUGUUCUGGAGUGGCCCCGCCUCCCACCUGUUCUGGAGUGGCCCUGCCUCCCACCUGUUCUGGAGUGGCCCUGCGUCCCACCUGUUCUGGAGUGGCCCCGCCUCCCACCUGUUCUGGAGCGGCCCCGCCUCCCACCUGUUCCGGAGUGACCCCGCCUCCCACCUGUUCUGGAGCGGCCCCGCCUCCCACAUGUUCUGGAGUGGCCCCGCCUCCCACCUGUUCCGGAGUGGCCCCGCCUCCCACCUGUCCUAG